AAAAAAAAAAAAAAAAAAAAAAAAAACAAUAAAGAACAAAAUCAAAACCUUUCGACAUAGUGAAGCCUUGCCUUGCAUUAAAUUACGGCUCUGGGAAGUUAAUCUCAUCAUAUUGUUUGUGUUGUUCUGGGAGACUUGACAAACCCUCGUCCAAGGUUGGUUUCAUGAGAAUACAGCUGUGAAUGUUGUAUUACUGUUGAAUUUUGUUGAUGGAUCAUCCACGGUCAAGUUCAGGGAAUGGUGAAGACAAUGUUGGGAUUCCGGAUGAUUUGCGGUGCAAGAGGUCAGAUGGGAAACAGUGGAGAUGCACUGCAAUGUCUAUGCCGGAUAAAACUGUGUGUGAAAAACAUUAUAUCCAGGCAAAGAGGAGGGCUGCAAAUUCUGCAUUAAGGGCUAGUCUGAAGAAAGCAAAAAGGAAAUCUGUAGGUGAAAGUGACAUAUACUUGGAGAGUAAAAGUGAUGAUUAUGACAUGCCAAUUGUGAGCAUGAAAGGUGGUGACUAUCCUCCGGUGUCUGGGAAGAAAUAUAUGGAGAAGGUAUCAAAAAGCCAUUUUCGAUAUUCACCUGAAACACCUCCUACAAGGAGCUUGUCAGCACGUAAUUCUCUGAAGGCAAAUGACGAUUCGCAACGAGAUGUUGUAGAAUUUGACGAGAAUUUGAGGUCUUAUAAGACACCACCUCAUUCUGCCAUGGACUCUUCCAGAAAUAGAUCUCAGAAGAGUACUGACGCUAGUACAAUGAUGGAAUAUUCUGAUGGAAGCAUGAAUUCUUCUGAAGAUACCGGUGGACAGAUUUGCCAUCAGUGCCGGAGGAAUGAUAGAGAUAGAGUUAUUUGGUGCCAAAAAUGUGAUAAGAGAGGAUAUUGUGAUAACUGUAUCUCAACAUGGUACUCAGAGAUCCCAUUGGAAGAAAUUCAGAAGGCCUGUCCUGCGUGUCGUGGUUCUUGUAAUUGCAAGGCAUGCUUACGUGGGGAUAAUAUGGUUAAGGUAAGGAUACGGGAAAUACCUGUCCUGGACAAGUUGCAAUAUCUCUAUUCCCUUUUGUCUGCUGUGCUUCCUGUGAUUAAACAGAUCCAUCAAAUACAGUGCUAUGAAGUAGAACUGGAAAAAAAAUUUCGUGGCAAUGACAUAGAUCUUGUCAGGACAAAAUUGAAUGCAGAUGAACAGAUGUGCUGCAACUUCUGUAGAAUACCCAUCAUUGAUUAUCACCGCCAUUGUGCAAAUUGCUUGUUAGAUCUGUGCCUUAGUUGCUGUCAAGAUCUUCGAGGACCAUCUAGGAGUGAUAGUGAAGGAGAAAAUCAUGCUACUGGGAGAAAUCAAGACUCAGAAACUGUGUCAGAGCAAGUUAAAAUAUCCAAACUGAGAUUAAAUUUAUCUGAUAGGUUCCCUGGCUGGAAAGCCAACAGUGAUGGCAGUAUUCCAUGCCCCUCCAAGGAGUAUGGUGGCUGUGGUCAUCGAUCAUUGAACCUAAGCCGAAUAUUUAAAAUGAAUUGGGUUGCAAAACUAGUGAAAAAUGUGGAGGAAAUGGUUAGCGGUUGUAAGGUUCAUGAUGCUGGAACUCUACAAAUAACUGGGUCGAACAAUCCAAGACUCUUCCAGUGUGCUCACAGAGAGGACGAAGAGGAUAAUUUCUUGUACUGCCCAUCAUUUGAAGAUACUAAAACUGAAGGGAUUGGCAAUUUUAGAAAACACUGGGUCAAGGGUGAACCUGUUAUUGUUAAGCAGGUAUGUGACAGGUCAUCCAUGUCAAUCUGGGACCCAAAGGAAAUAUGGAGGGGGAUUCGGGAGACAGCAGAUGAGAAGACAAAAGAUGAGAACAGAACAGUGAAGGCUAUAGAUUGCUUAGACUGGUCUGAGGUUGAUAUUGAACUUAGUCAGUUCAUCAAUGGGUACUCAGAGGGACGAUUUCGUGAGGACGGUCUGCCAGAAAUGUUGAAAUUGAAGGAUUGGCCUUCUUCCAGUGCUUCUGAAGAAUUUUUAUUGUAUCAUAAACCUGAAUUUAUCAGUAAACUGCCUUUACUUGAGUAUAUUCAUUCUCGGUUGGGUUUUCUAAACGUUGCUGCAAAACUGCCUCAUUAUUCCUUGCAAAACGAUGUAGGACCUAAGAUUUAUAUGUCUUAUGGGACUAAUGAGGAACUUGGUAGAGGUGAUUCAGUGACCAACCUUCACUUCAAUAUGCGUGACAUGGUAUAUUUAUUGGUACAUACGUGCGAAGUGAAGCAGAAGAAAGCAGAAGCUGAGAAGAUUCAAAGUUCUGCCUCAGAAUCUGAAGUGAAUGAGCCAACUGACAAUCCUGAAAAGAGUUUGGAUGAAGGAAAGUUACCUGAUUUAUCACUUGGUGGAGAUGAUGUGAAGAAUGAAUGUGGGGAAAAGUCUGCUGAAGAUGAGGAUGAGGUAAUGGAAGAUCAAGGGAUUGAACCUGCUACUAAUGAAGAGAAAGCUGUUAAUUCUGAACAGUUAAAUAGAGAUAAUGGAGAUAAGUCCGAAAAGAGUCUUCCAGGAGCACAUUGGGAUAUCUUCCGUCGGCAGGAUGUUCCAAAGUUAACCAAGUAUUUGCAAGAACACUGGGACGAUUUUGGGGAGCCUGGUGAUGAUAUAAAGGAUUUCGUGACACGUCCUCUUUAUGAUGAAAAAAUAUACCUGAAUGGGGAUCAUAAAAGAAAAUUGAAGGAAGAAUUUGGAGUUGAGCCAUGGUCGUUUGAACAGCAUUUGGGGCAAGCUGUAUUUGUCCCUGCUGGCUGCCCAUAUCAAGUGAGAAAUCUUCAGGUGAGUCAUUAUGAUAUGCAACGUGUUAUUUGGAUGGGUUUUACAUUUCAUUGUUAAUUCUAAACACGAGGU